GGGGGCGCUGUGGCGCGCGGUGGCCGAGGCAUGGCGGACUACGAGGCGGUGCAGCGCGGGCCGCUGCGGCUGAAGGGCGGCGGCGCGGGGUUGGGGGCCGGCAAGCGGAAGAAGAAGAAAGCGAAGGAGAAGGCCCAGAUCCUGGAGCAGAUCGUGAGCAGCAAGAAGCAGGAAGAGGAGAAGAAGCGCGGCCUGGAUAAGCGGACCCCGGCACAAGUGGCCUACGAGAAGAUGCAGGAGAAGCGGCAAAUGGAGAGGAUCCUGAAGAAGGCCUCGAAAACACACAAGCAGAGAGUUGAGGACUUCAACAGGCACUUGGACACCCUGACGGAGCAUUACGACAUUCCCAAAGUCAGCUGGACCAAGUGAACAGAUGGCAUUUCGAGGCCUUGGAUCUGGAGUUCUGCUUGCAUCGAACAGGGCUGCCGUGUAAAUCUCUGUGUUCUUGAUACUGAAUAUUUAAUACAUCUUCGGAACAUUUAUCACCUUAUACUGUCGUAUUUCAGUUUCAAAAUACUCAUCAGAGUCUGUUUCUGACUCUUGACUUAUGGAGGUGCAGAGGGGUGUUUUUCAGUGCUCAAAGCCAUGCUGAGGCCAAACCCAAUUGCUGCGAGACAACAGGAAAAUGUUCCUUUAUUUGAGCUAUGCCAGCAGUUCUCAUUAGAAGCAGGAGAGUCUGCGGCAGCAUCACAUUGUAUCAGCUGCUCUCAUAGAUUGCAGAACUGUGUAAUGUCUAUCUAAAAUCGUUCAGAGUUGGGGGAGUGGUGUCUGCUGUAUGCUAAAGUCCUUGUAUCUUUGAUGUAACUUAUUAAAAAGCUGAUUUUA